AGGUCAACAUCGUGCCCGAUCAUCGCAAAGAGCGACACGAUGACCACCAAGGAGAAGGAGGAGUUCAAGCUCCAGGUCCGCGAGACGCUCGCGCGCGAGGGCAUCGAGCCGUACGCCUUCGACCCGAUCUCGCUCCGUGCGAUGGAGGCGCAAGACCGGCAGGAGUACAAGCCGCCGUGGGCCGUCAUCGGCUCGACCGACGCGCACCUGGACGCGGGCGUGUCGGUGUACCUGCGAAAGUACCCGUGGGGGAACGCGCUCUCGUCCGAGCCGUCGCACUCGGACCUGCCCGCGCUGCGGAACCUCGUCAUGUGGUCGGGACAGUGGCAGGAGCUCAAGCACGCCUCGCGUAUGAAGUACGAGAACUGGCGCGUCUCCCGCUCCCUCGCCACCCGCUCCUCCUUCGCCGCCACCGCCGCCGCCGCGACCGUCGCCGCCACCGCCCGCCGCGGCGUCGCCGCCGCCCAGCGCGCCGCAGCCGCGGGCUGCUCCGCCGUCGGCGUCGCCCCUCGCACCGCGCUGCGCCUGCUGGCGCUGCUGGCGCUGCUGCUGACUCCGCUGGUCGGUCCGGCGGCCCACGCGUGGUGCUUUUCCUCUGACCCCUCGGCGGCGCGCGAGGCCAAGCUGAUGCGCGGCCUCGUCGACCGGCUGGCGGCGGAGAAGGGGCAGGCCCUGCACGCGUACGAGCGGCGCGUCGCCUCCCUCUCGGGCGAGCUGCAGGCGGCGCGAGCAUUGGGCGAGGAGUACGCCGGCCGAGAGAGCGCCAUUGCCAAGGAGCGCGACGCGCUGCUCCGGCAGCUGCGCGCGUCCAAGGACCGGCAGAGCGACCUCGAGGCCGAGGUUGGCCGCGUGGACGCCGAGCGCGCGCUGGCCGAGGAGCGCGCGCACGCGGCCACGGCUGCGGCCGGCGGGCGCUGCUGGAGCGACUCCGCGUCGGAGCACGUUUUGACGGGUGUUCGCUCGAUCCUCGGCUCGACGGACCGCGCGCUACACAAGGCCGGCCGCGCCACCGCCGCCGCGUCCGUCUCGCUGCGUGACGCGGCGACCGACGCGGCGCGGGAGGUUGCAAAGGAGCUGCCGCUCGCGGGCCGGCGCGCGGCGAUCGCCGCCGGCCGGGUGCUCGAGGAGUUCAAGGCGACGUCGCUGCUGCAGCCGGUCGGCUGAGAGGGCGGCGUGGGGCCGCCCCCUCCGCGCGACGGCGGCGGCGCAUUCCGCUCCCCACGCCGACGGUGCAUGUGACGGUGCGUGUGAGGUGCGCCCCAGCCUCCCGCUGUUCACAGCUGCAGCUGUGAACAGCGUCUCUUCACACCUGCAGCUGUGAGAGGCGC